AUAUUGACUUUAUUCAGUCUAACGACCGUUUAAACCGAGCUCGCGGGUCAUGUGAAGGACGAUAUUUAUCUGUCAUUUACAUUUACAGGGUAAACAUACGUCUACUUUCCAGAGCGAAUCCAGCAGUCAGAGCGUACGUGCGUAUUUUAGUUCCGGGUAUGUUUCUCUGAAGUCGGAACCUCAGUGAGAUUAACAGAAAAGUUUCCCUGAAAACCGCUCAUCAUAAGGGAGCAUGGCUGCGGUGUUACUGUCAGACACGGAGAUCAGGCACCGGUCUAUGGCAGAGGAGGAUCCGAAUGGGAAUGAACAUGGAGCGGCUGCGCACAGCACAGCGCCUCGUUGGGGACCGCAGCAUGCUGGGGCCCAAGAGCUCGCCAAGCUUUACUCUCCGGGAAAGCGUCUCCAGGAGUGGAUCUGUGUGAUUUUGUGCCUCUCACUCUUCAUCGUAAACUUCCUCUUCCUCCUCGUAAACUUCUCCACUGUGCACAUCUAUAAAAUAAUCUUUGGCAUUGUGACGGGUAUUGUGACAGCAGACUUUGCCUCUGGGAUGGUACAUUGGGGAGCUGAUACAUGGGGUUCAGUGGACAUCCCAGUAAUUGGGAAGGCAUUCAUUCGCCCGUUCCGGGAGCACCACAUUGAUCCGACGGCCAUCACACGGCAUGACUUCAUAGAGACAAAUGGAGACAACUGCAUGAUCACCAUCCUACCUCUGGCCCACAUGGCCUAUAAAUUCCUCUCCUACCCACCAGAUGCCCUUGCAGAGUCCUACCCCUGGGAAUGUUUUGUUUUUGCAUUGGCGGUCUUUGUAACCAUGACUAAUCAGAUCCACAAGUGGUCUCACUCCUACUUCGGCCUGCCACGCUGGGUCACGCUACUGCAGGACUGCCACCUAGUGCUGCCACGAAAACACCAUCGCAUCCAUCACGUGUCGCCCCAUGAGACGUACUACUGCAUCACCACAGGAUGGUUGAACUACCCGUUGGACAGAGUGGGAUUCUGGAGAAGAUUGGAGUGGGUGAUAGAGAGAUUGACGGGUCAGAAGCCACGCAGCGAUGACCUUUCCUGGGCCAAGAAAACAUAGUGACCGGGAGAACCGGACUGUACCUCUCCUUCAGCUGAAGGGGAGCAGAACCAGAUUGUGGGCCUUACCUCUGUAUCCCAAACCUCCUUCUCAACUUCUCCUUCUAACCCUAAACCCUUUCCUUUAUAGCACAGCACCACAGAUCACUCUUACUGUUGGGGCCUUUAUCUGCCACUGAUGUCUGUUACACACAAGCCAUCACCUUUUCCUCUUUGUCUGGCUUCUUCCUCCUAAUUCUUAUUUUGUAGAUGUGCACACAUUUUUGAAAUGAGGUACUGUAUAGACAGUCGAGAGGAUGAUGAGAGAGACCUUUUCUCCCACAAUCCUUUGCUCCAUCUCUGUAUCUCUGUAGUCUUGCAUUGCAUGAAAGAGGCGACCGCCGCUUUCUCAUUGCAGUGUGUUAAAUGUAUGUUUUCUGGAGGUUGGGCUCUCCAGAGGACCAUAACCAUGUUGUGAUUUCCCAGCACGGUUUUCAUAGCGGGAGAGAGGCAAUUAAAUGUGGAUUCGAUUUUGAAGUUAGAUCAGAGAAAAUGAUUUGCAGUCGAAAGCACUUUCUCCUGGUUAAAAUGUGUUUUAGAAGUGUUGUGUGUUCUCGUCACCCUUCCUUGGUUUGGACUGAAGAAAGCAUUUCCAACUGCAGAGUUUUAAAUGAGGGAAAGGUUUUUGUUGGCCAACCAGUGGGGUCAGCGCUCACUUGACCCAACUGAAUGUUUUCCCUGAAUGUCUCUUAUGGCGCUUAAAGGAUGUUGGCCUUAAAUACAAAUUAAUUUACAAAACUCACUCGCUUAUUUCUGAUCAGCUCACCAAGGGCUUAGCGAGGAUAAACAACGAUCACAUUUAUGGUGUGGUAAAGUGAUGUUACAGUGAUGUUAUUGGUAGUUUUAGUGGUUUAGUGAAGUCCUCCUAUGGUAUGACAGUUCAGCAAAGGUUGUGCUAGCAAAAAUCACUUUGAAUAAUUAUUUAUUAGGUUUUAUUAAAUCUUCAAUGAUUUUUAUUCUUAUCGAAUGAUAUUUGCACUAAAUGUUCACUUUUCAAGCAAAAUUGAAGAGAAACAGCCAAAUACACGUUCUCUUGGACAGCGAAUUUUGACCGCAGUGACACACACACACUUCCUGAAUAAAGACUCCAGUUGUUGAACCAGUGAUCAAAUCAGGAUGGUUUGUCUCAACAUGACGUCUUCAUAAGACAGCUUCAAUUUUUUAUAUUAUUACAGUAUAACAUUCAGCCUUGUAUUUGAUUUUACUUUCUACCUUGCAGCCAAAGCUUGCUGCUAGUCUGCCUUAAACCAAUGUUUUUAUUAGCUGUAUGAUUUAAUAAAUAUCUAAUAAAUAACAUUUGAUAUUU